CUGACUGUCUGGACCACAGGCGGCACCUGUAUGCUCUGUCUUCAGACCUUCCACGGGGGAGAACCAGUUUGCAUGGACAGGUCGGGCCCCCACGCUCCAGGAGAAAGGUCACAUGGGCCUCAAGCUGGAACCUUGCCCAAAGGAAAGCUUCAGGAUGGGCCCUUGGAGGCUUUCGGAGCGGUUCCCAGAUGUUGACACCGCUGGCCCAGAGACCAGGCUAUGAGAACCACGGAUACAGCCCAAUGCCCUGGUUUCACGGGAAGAGGAACAGAGCCAGAGAACAAAGAACAACAGCUUGUCCGAAUCAUCCUCCGGGGGAGCACAGAGAAGCUACCAGAACUCACACCUCCGGACUCACUCCCAACUCAGUGCCCUGUACCAUAUGACACUGCCACCCCUGCCAGGGCUGCUCUCCCGGGAAAAGCCCAGGAAAAAGCCUUUGCAGGCCAGCGUGGCCCUGGACAACAGCGGAGACAGCGGGCUGGCCUGGGAGGGCAGCGUUCCACGUAUCCCCGGGGCCACCCAGCCCGUCCACCUGGCCCACUGCCCGGAGCCGGCUCUGCUCCCAGCCUGGCUUCUGCAGCAACCCAGAGCAGCGCUGGCAGCAGCGCUGGCCGCAGCCCCGAUGGGCAGCAGGGCCAGCAGCGGCUCAGGGCGUUGGCAGAGUGGCCAGUAGAGGAGUAUCCCACGGGGGAACUUGUGAGUGCCCUGCGGGGGCCUGAGCCUGCCUCCUGCUCCUCGUUCCUGCCCUCUCGGGCUCGCCAGGCUGAGCCUCUGUCAGGCUGUCCUGUUCCUGUGGUCCCCCGCGCUGGCCAGCCCCCUGACUCAGCACAGGAAUGGGUUUUAGCCCCUUGCAGGAGAUGCCCUGUCUACACAGGCCAGACACGCACAGCAGAGCCAGGGGGAGCUGCCCAGCUUCACCCAGGUGCCUGGCCCACGGCCAGCUGCUUCCCGGGCACCAGGGGACGGCCAGCAGAGGCCCCUGCUAGCUGUGAUUGCCCCUCUGCCCAGCCUGCCGUCAGUGACCCUCUUCGGUGUCCCCAUGUGGCCUCUUUUCAGUCCCACUGAUCACUGUUCUCAUCUCCCUCUUGUCUCUGGCUUGAACAGGGAGCUCCAGCGGCUCUGAAAGCAGAGCAGGCGGGUGCUGACUGGGCUCACUCUUCCCCAAGAACAACGGCCAAGCCGGGUUGAACUUAGGAAACGCCGCAUGCCCCGAUAUCCUGAGCCCUUUCCUGAACACCUUCCUUGGGUCACUCUCUGGGCGGGGCUGCCCUGGCCAUCAGUGGAGCUGGGGGACAGGUGCUCAGUGCUCCUGGCUGGGGAAUGGCUUCAUUGCUUUUCCCUCCGCCUCCUGCCAGGAGUGAAGCCUCUGCUGGUGCUGCUGGCCACUGGGGGCCUAGGAAGCUCUGGGCAGGAAGGCGGGAGGUACUUGACCGAGGCAGUUAGCAAGACAACAGCCUGGGGUUUUGCCGUUUUUUUGUUGCAAAGCAAGCCUGUUCCUGAUGAAGCCUGGUACUCUGCUAGCCACUGGGGAGAUGUGGGUGUGACACAGUUCCCGCCCUCCUGGAGAUCAUUCACUACCUGUGUGACCUUGGGGAGGUUGCUUAACCUCUCUGAGCCUGUUUCCUCAUCUGUCAAAUGGGGAUAGUAAAAAUAUCUACUUAAAGGCAUGUUGUGGGGAUUAAAUGAGUUGAUGCUCCUAUAAAUUGUUGGCAGAGGUGCCUACUAUAUACCGAGUACUCGCGAAAUGAUGACUAGAAACCUGUCCCAUGGUCGGGAGGCUCA